CUGCAUUCCAAGCAGCCAAUCAGCAGGCCAGGGUCCGUUGAUGUUAUAAAUAGAUCACCAUCGAUGCGCAUUUUCUUCUUCUCAUAUCAUAUAAUAUAACAGGGAGAUCGACCCGUAGUUAAGCUCAGCCUCAGAAUCGAUAGAAAAAGCAUGGCUACACUAGUAGCUAAUUCCGUCAAGGCCGUCUUGGUGGCCCCUUUUCAUAACUUCAUCCACAAAGAUUUCCAUGAAGUUGUAAAGCGGAUGACUCUCGUUGACAAGCUUCUCUUUCUCAUCAUUCACUUCGUGGACAAGCUGGGGAUUUGGCAUCGUUUGCCGGUGUUCCUGGGGCUAAUAUAUCUGAGCAUUCGUCGCCACCUGCAUCAGGAAUACAAUUUGUUCAACGUUGGCAAAACGCCAGCAGGUGUUCGAUUCAACCCGGCGGAUUUUCCUUUUAGGACGGCCGACGGAGAGUUUAAUGAUCCCUUCAACGAAGGUGCUGGUAGCGAAGAUUCCUUCUUUGGGAGGAACGUUCUUCCCGUUGACCAGCGUAACAAGAUUGAACUUACUGCACCGGCUGAAGUCGCAAGCCAGUGCCCUCUCAAGUCUUUCAAGUUUUAUAAGACAAAGGAGGUUCCUACAGGCUUCUACGAGAUUAAGACCGGUCACUUGAACCGCAGAACACCUUGGUGGGAUGCGAGUGCUAUUUACGGGAGUGACGAGAAGAGCCUGAAAAAAGUGAGGACUUUUAAAGAUGGAAAGCUCAAGAUAUCCAAGGAUGGACUUCUUCUCCACGAGGAUGAUGAUGGACGUGCCAUCUCCGGCGACGUCCGUAACAGCUGGGCCGGCGUAUCUCUGCUCCAGGCCCUCUUUGUCAUGGAGCAUAAUUCGGUCUGCGAUGCCUUGAAGAAGGAAUAUCCGGAGCUGGGUGACGAGGAAUUGUAUCGGCAUGCAAGACUGGUGACUUCUGCUAUAAUCGCAAAGAUCCACACCAUUGAUUGGACUGUUGAGCUCCUCAAAACCGACACUCUGCAUGCAGCAAUGCGGGCCAAUUGGUAUGGCUUGCUGGGAAAGAAGUUUAAGGAUACAUUUGGGCACGUUGGAGGAGUCAUCUUGAGCGGUCUGGUGGGGCUGAAGAAGCCUGAGAAUCAUGGGGUACCUUACUCCUUGACUGAGGAAUUUGUGAGCGUUUACAGGAUGCACUCCCUCCUGCCGGAUGACCUUCUCCUCAGAGACAUCAAUGCCGCAACAGGACCCAAUAAAUCUCCUCCUCUGUCCAAACAGAUUGCCAUGCCCAAUCUGAUCGGUAUAAAUGGGGAAAAGAUGUUGUCAGGUAUUGGAUUCACCAGGCAAAUGGUAUCAAUGGGUCACCAAGCAUGUGCAGCACUUGAGCUCUGGAAUUAUCCUCUGUGGCUCAGGGAUAUUAUUCCACAGAAUCCGGAUGGAACCGAAAGGCCUGAUCACGUCGACCUUCCAGCUCUUGAGAUUUUUAGGGACAGGGAAAGAAGCGUAGCUAGAUACAAUGCUUUCAGGAGGGCCCUCCUGUUAAUCCCCAUCUCCAAAUGGGAAGACCUCACAGAUGAUGCUGAAUCCAUCAAAACUCUUCGUGAGGUCUAUGGUAACGAUGUUGAGGAGUUGGAUUUGUUAGUGGGGCUCAUGGCAGAGAAAAAGAUCAAGGGUUUCGCCAUUAGCGAGACAGCAUUCAUCAUAUUCGUCAUCAUGGCAACGAGGAGACUAGAGGCAGACAGGUUCUUCACAAGCAAUUUCAACGAGGAGACGUACACCAAGAAAGGUCUGGAACGGGUGAACACAACUGAGAGCCUGAAAGAUGUAUUGGACCGCCACUACCCUGAGAUGACAAAGAAAUGGAUGAACUCCAGCAGUGCAUUUUCCGUUUGGGAUUCAGCUCCCAAUGCUCGAAAUCCUAUCCCACUUUACCUGCGUGUUCCUCAGUGAAAGCGAAUUAAUUAUAGCAUCAGUUGUACUGCUUUAAGAAGUUUUGCCAGUGCCAUUCGCGCACAGACGUUGAACCGUGUUCUUCGGUUUGAAGGAAACUGUAAACUCUUUCUUGGGCCUCUGCUGUUCUCAUUACUGUUAAGUCGGCCAUAUACGUAGUUCCAGGCCUUGUUUGGAUUGCGUUACCUUUAGUCGCUGUCCUAGCCCGUUCAGAUCAAUAUCCUUUGUUAUUCAUUUAUUUACUUAUUUUUGAGUGAAUUGCUGACAUCCACGUCUUCUUGUC